AUGCUGUCGACAGCAGCAAACUCACAGACACCGUCUUUUCUACAAAGACAGCACCAACGACUUCCGAGUUGGAACUCACAACUUCAGGAGGCAUUGUCUUCAUGCUCCGCUUCGACUGGAUCAGUUUCUCCAGGAAGAUCAACUUCUCUCACAGGUUCAAGCAGCCCAGACCCAUUCAACAGAUCCACGUCGCCAGGAUCGUCCAGAGACUUUGACAAAUGCGGAUUGAACUUUCACGAUGCCGCUUUGGAUGCAGAAUUGGCAAUGCUCCAGCAUGCGUACGCCUCAGAAGCGGUCUCGCAGCUUUUAUCUUCGACUCAGACCUCUUCUUCUUCAAGUUCUUCCUCUCCAGAAUCUUCUCCUUCGAGAACAUCAUCACAAGAAUCUACCCAGCAAAGCCAACAAAAGCCCCAGUCGCAAGGAGCUGUCACGCAGAAUCAAAAUCAGAGCGGACAAACCGGAAACCAGCAUCAAAUGAAUACGACUGAGCAUGUCAUCAGCGGAAUGAACUCGACAGGGUUGGCGCAAGGGACGUGGAACUUGAUGGAUCGUCUCAAAUGGGCUCCGAACAAAAUAAUGCGUCCAGCGGAAGACGCCUGGAAAUCUUACCUUGAUAAUCCCCUGGCCACCGCGGGGCUGAUGCAACUGCAAGCUCAGAACCACCAUGACGAUUCUGCUCAACAUGCUGCCCUUGGCCUCCUCUACGACUACUACAACGGGCCACGUAACGUCCUGCAGCACAACAUGCAUGCUCACCAUGCCCAGAACAUGGCCCAACAAAGCCAACAGAAACAACAUGUUCCCCAGCAAAAUCACAACCUUCCACAAGUCCAAAACAGCCAACAACACCACAAUGCUCAUCAAGCUCAGCAACAACAAGAACAGCAACUUCGAACUAUCAAAUCAGAGCCUGUUGAUCAUAUUUUUGGUCAAAAUAAGUCGCCAGAAGUUGAAGGUAGCAGUGACUCAGACAACGAUGUCAAAGACGGAAUCAAAACUGAAGGCCCAAAUGCUGGUCUGCCUGAAGACUAUCAAGGUGAAUAUUUCGAGUACGCUAUGGAAGCACCAAAGAGUCUGAAGCAGAAAGAAGGCGAGCCAACGAUGUCUUACAUCAAUAAAGCACAAUUCUACGCCAUCAGCCUUCGAGAAGUUGGGAAGACUGCCUGGAAGUUCCGAAAUACAAAGGUGAAGACUGUUGUUUCCGUCAUCUUCGGCGAUGGAAAGCCAGAAGAAGAACAGCUCCGGCACUGGAAAUACUGGCACGGAAGACAGCACACUGCGAAGCAAAGAAUCAUUGAUAUCGCGGACUACAAGGAAUCUUCCAUGAUAUCUGAUAUCAACGAGUUCUCCCACAAUGCCAUCAGCUUCACUUGGGACGUUAACGAUAUUGCCAAGAUCUUUGUUUCGGUCAACUGCUUGUCGACAGACUUUUCAGCGCAGAAAGGCAUCAAGGGUUUGCCACUUCUGCUUCAAAUCGACACCUACACCGACAUGCGCCGCAAUGCCAAGCCCGCCCAUCGAGCCACUGUCCAACUCAAAGUCUUCUGUGACAAAGGCGCUGAGAGAAAGAUCAGGGACGAAGAGCGAAAAGCUUUGCGAAAAAAGGGAGGCUCCGGCGCGGCCCCGCCAAAACCGCAGUUCCAGCUUCCCGUUCAGAAUCCACUCGGCAUCGUCAUGCCCGGGCAGCAAGCUAAUAUGAUGCAACCAAACUCAAAACGAAACGAAAUCGUCCUCUUCAAAGCAUCUUCUGACUUAUCUUCGAGCGUCACAUAUUUUACACCAGAGAUGGCUUCGCGGACCGAAGCAGAUUAUCUUGCGGCGGGUGAGAUUCCACCGAUGGAUACAGAGGGAAGGAAGAGACUCUGUGAUACGGACGGAAAUGAAAUUCCACAAAAGAUACCGAGACAUGAUCCAAACACAGUACUUCUUUACGUCAAAUCUCCUGAAGCCGAGUGUUUCGACGCUCUCAUGCUCUCCCAAUCCAACUUGACCGGAUUAACCGAAGCGAUCGUUGCGAAGUACAAAAUCAAGGCUGAAAAGAUUUCACGAAUCUACAAGAAGUCGAAGAAGGGCGUGCUGGUCAACAUGGACGAUAUCAUCAUCAGACAUUACUCAAAUGAGGACACUUUCAUCAUCACUUUUGAAGAAAAAGCGGGAAAGACUAAAAUAGUACUCACUGAAGUUUGA